AUGACUCAUUGUAUUCUUGAUCUUCCUAAUGAAAUACUUAGUAUGAUUGCUUUUCACGUCAUUGAUGGCACUUGGAAGAAUGAUGUACGUGAUUUUGUCUCGUUUACAUCAACAUGCCGUCGUCUUCAUACUCUGUCUCAUGACGAACGAUAUUGGCAUAAAAUGGCUUUAAGACGAGACCCAAAUAAUGAAAGGCCAAUUGAUCAUUUGACGUGGUUAGACUAUUGUAAAAAAAUUUAUCUCAUGCGCACGAUCUUGCGAAAUGAUAUGAAAGAUACUGUUAGCCAAUACAAUGAAGAUUAUGUUUGUACAAUUCAGAAAGUUCUCUUAUUUCCCGGUAAAAUACGCAUUUACAUCGAUGAACGUGGAGAUAAUUCGCUAGGUAGUAUUCAAGAACCUACAACUUCCACUGUUGCGCUUGUUGAUCCUGAUAUGUGUUAUUACAAUGAAAACGAGCGGUUAUUACCCGACGGAAGUGAAUUCUCCAUCGCAGAUACGAGAUCACAAUAUCUAGAAUUUAUUUCUCAGGUUUUUUGGAUUAUUCCGUAA